AUGUCUUCAAAUUAUCCACCUCCUUUCAAUCCUUCUCUGAAUACACCAACCUCAUCAGGGGCACAACAACAAAAUAAUCAACAAGUGCCCCAAGAACAAGAAGGAGAUCAAGGAUUUGCUCUUCAUCCAUAUAUUAGACAAUUUGCUAACGUUAAUAAUACCAACACAUUAUCAUCAGCUGAUGCACCAACAGUUUUAUCAUCCGGAUCAUUGUCUACUAAACAGAGUCUUGAUAGUGAAAGUUAUAAUCCAAAUGUUGUUGGUAGUAGUGGUUCUUCUCCUCUGAUCCAAUCAUCCUCCUCACCAAUAACAUCUCCACAACAAGUAAUUCCACAGGGAUAUUCUGUAAAUAACAAUACAUUCCUUCCACCACAACAAGCCUAUUACACAAACUCUGGCAUCUUUAGAAAUGUUCCUAGUCAUAAUGGGUUAUUAUCUGAUGGAAAUAUCGAACCAGUUCUAAACAAAGGAGAAGGCCCACAAUUUCAAUAUUUUGGAAUUGGUCCUUGUUGUUGUUGGGAAGUAUUAGUUUGGAUCUUGUCAAAGAUGACAUUUGGUAUUGUGGAGGCCUUCUUUGCUAUUCCAAUGGCCAAUAGUCAAAUUAGUGAAAUGAUUGUUGGAGGAAGAAGACUCAAAUUUGAUACUCAUGAUCCAUGGCUAAAGGUUCCAAUACUUUGCAUUAUUAAUAACUUUAUCAAUUCAUCAACAUUUGGAUUGUGGUACUUGUCUGGAAUGAUGCACAUCUUUUACUAUUCUGAGCUUGAUAGACGUAUUUCUUGGGGAGAAGUCGUAGAUCCUGAUGCUGAAAAUAAUAUAGUGUGGCAUCCAAUUGAUGAUGGAAGAGAAAAGUUCAAAAUCUUGUCUGCCUUCCCAGGAGUAACCACUGAAAUUGUUACUUGGGGAGCAAGAUUGUUUUCUGUUACAUUCUUAUUGGGAUUUGCUGAACCUUGGAUUAAAUCAUAUUACUAUUCAAGAUUGAUGCCAAAGAUGGAAUUUGGAGGUGUUGGACAAUUUUACUAUGCCAACAAAAACCCAACAACCUAUGGAAGAGACAAACUCAAGGUAGUGUUUAAUGCAAGAGGUCAUCAAAUUUUCUUCCGUUGGUUGCAAGGUCACAUUAUUGUAUUGGCCUCGUGUGGAAUGUUUUUGUGCUGCUUUGGAAAUUGGAUUGAUGCCUUCAUGAACAGAUACCUUCAUGUUGACGAAACAGUUACCACCACAUUGAGUCCAUUCAUAAUUUCUGAAGAGUCACUCUCUGUUGCUCAAUCUCCAAGCGAGCCAAGCACAUACAAUUACCGAAUUCCAACCAAUGUUUAAUGUUGUUAUCAUAAACAAGCAUUUAUGUUAACAAGUUCCAAUAACAUAACAACAUUUGAUUUAUCGAUUCAAUUAGAAAGUAAAACCAAAUAAUGUCAACAAUGUGUCAUGAU